AGUUGGUGACGUUGCCUCCGAGUCCCAGCCAUCAACCAGAACAACAACACAACACACAACAACCACCACAAACCUCCCUUCGUUUUGUCCCUGUCCGACCAGCAAUACACUUCGAAUCGAAUCAAUCAUCAUGUCUAGUUGGGAUCGAGCACGCUUCAUUCCUUGGUCCAGGAUCCCUCAAGAUGGAGCCGAUUUGGACGGCCAAAAGGAACGGCUUUUUCGCGAGCUCCAACGGGAAACGCAACAAACGGAAUUGUCACUGCAAGAACGAAAUCCUGCCAUUCCUAGUACCACCACCACCACUGACGAUGCUACCACUAACGCCGCAAAGUCGACCAAAGUGCCAUACUCGCACAUGGAGCUCUUGCGACAAGCGGCAUUUGGUGCCUGUAUUGGGAGUAUCACGGGAUGUGUCUUUGGAUUCAUGGAUGGAAUGAGAACGGCAGGACAGUCGGAUGUUCUGCAAAAGGCAUCCAACAUGGCCAAGUUUCGCUAUCUCAUGCAAGGAACUACUCGAUCAGGUUCCGUCUUUGGUGCCUUUUUCGGAGGUUUCCAUGUUGUCAAAUAUGGAUUACGUACAACAUUGGAUCCGGGUGAAGCUGGAGAAAUUGUCAUCUCGGGUGCCGUCAGCAUGGGAGCUCUCAUGUCCAAACCAGCCUUCCGGCCGUUUAUGCCCUAUGGGAGUAUGCUAAUUAUCAUGGAUAUUGCUCAUAUUGUCAUGAGAGAAAUGGAUAAGGAGUAAAAAGCUGAGCCAAGUAGCUACCGUAGGUAAAUUUAGAGUACUACAUUGUGUGCGAUGGAUUGAUUUGAU